AUGACUUUAAUAUUCGCUUUGCUUCUUGUUUCCUUGUUUUUCCAGGCAAUCCACAACUUUCUAUGCUUCCUUCUUCUAAAUCAAUUCCUGAUGUACGGUGUGUUCUCCAAGCACGUGCACCUGAAAAUCCUCGUGCCGGAUGUGGUCAAUCGCCACACUCACACGAGGACCAUUCUUCUUCAUCUUCAUAUGCCAGCACCGAAGAAGCCCAAAACUCACAAGAAGCACGAGUACCAUUCAACAAGAAGCUCCUGGAAGUACGGAUACCAACAAGAUUACAAGGACGAUCACGGUGAUCUUGAAUUGGAUCACGAGAACCACCAGAAAGAUUACGGCGAAACACUGACCGUGAAAUCCAAGAAUCACAAGCAACAUCGACAAAAGCAUUUUCCUGUGUACGACUAUUCCAAGGACUCUUAUCUUCCGCCAUCCUAUGUGGAGGAUAACGACUUGGACCAGAAGAAUCGUGGUCAAGAUGAGUACACUUACGCAGUUCAUGAAGAUAUUAACGAUGUACCUCCCAACACUGAGUCUAUUUCUUACAAUUACGAGGAAGGUUACAAGAAGGGCUUGGAAACGGAAACAGGGCAUAUUCGAGAGGACCAACUGCACAAGUUUCACGAAGAUCAGCACGAAGAGCAGGGAGAGACUGAGAACAAGGGAUUCAAAGAGGAUUUUGAGACAAAAACUGACGCAGGGAGAUAUCUGGUAGAUGACGUGGAGUAUGAGAACACUAGGGACAAACGUGAUCACAGGCGAAGAUCUAAGAGGAUCUAUAAAGCGUAG